UUUUAUUCAGAAGCCCGGAUUCAUUUCGGAGCUUGAGGAGCGAAAAUGGAGAGGAAGCUUUACAAAGCAGCAGCUGAAGGAGAUGCGGCUUCUUUGGUCGAUUUGCUCAAAGACGAUCCCUUGAUUCUUGAUAGAUGUAUGGUGUGGUAUUACAAUGAGACUCCGUUACAUAUAGCAGCAAUGCUUGGUCAUGAGAAAUUCGUUGAUGAGAUUCUGGAUCGAAAUCCAAAGCUUGCAGGAGAGCUGGAUUCUCAGAAAUUUUCACCCCUGCACCUCGCGGCAGCUAAAGGUCAUCUUGGAGUAGUGAAGAAAUUGUUGACUGUUAAUGCUGAUAUGUGCUAUGCUCGUGACAGAUACGGUAGGAACCCUCUUCACAUUGCAGCGGUUAAAGGCCGGAUCGAUGUUCUAAAGGAACUGAUUCGAGAGAGUCCUGAUGCAGCACAUCAAAAGAUGGGACAUGGCGAGACCAUUCUCCAUUUAUGCGUGAAGCAUAAUAAUUUGGAAGCUCUAAAGCUUUUGGUGGAGUCUUUUGGAGAUCCCGAGUUUGUUAAUUUGAAGAACGACAAUGGCGACACCAUAUUGCACCAAGCUGCUGCAGAUAAGCAAACUGAGACAAUGAGUUUCUUGACGUCUUUUACCACAGUAGAAGCGAACUCUCCAAACGCGGACGGUCUCACAGCAUAUGACCUUUUAGCACAGAGUGGAAAACCUGGAAGGAACAUGGACAACAUAAACAACUUUUGUGAAGCAGGAGCGACGACUGCAACUGCAAUUCUUCGUGCUCCCUCUAGGAGUGAAAUUGAAUCCAUGAUGAUGGGGGCCUCACCUCCAAAUGCCAAUGAUCAGAAUAUUGCAUCCCCCAUGCAGCGAAAAAGUUUGGAGAAGAAUCUCAAUAAGCAAUAUGAUUGGCUUGAAAGGAAAAAGGGUGCACUGAUGGUUGUUGCGUCUUUGACCGCAACAAUGGCAUUCCAAGUCGGUGUCAACCCUCCAGGUGGUUUUUGGCAAGAGACUACCCGAGGUGACAAUUCAAAAUAUUCACACACCGCAGGAUUUUCCAUCAUGGCCGACAAUUAUCCGGGAAGAUACUUGCUAUUCUCUGUGGUUAACACAAUAAGCUUUCUUGCAUCCCUCAGCAUCAUCCUGUUACUCGUGAGCGGCCUCCCUUUGAGGCGUAGGUUUUUCAUGUGGAUUCUGAUGGUGAUCAUGUGGAUCGCUAUCACAUCUAUAGCACUCACCUAUGGUCUCUCAAUGACAUUAUUCACGCCCUCUCAUGAAAAGAAUUCGAUCUACAAGAUAACAGGAGUCGGAAUCCUCUUGUGGUUUGGCUUGAUGGUUCUGCUUCUCGUGGGGCAUACGAUACGCCUGAUAUGGAAGACGAUUCGGAAACUCAGGAAAUCAGUCAGAAGAUCUUCUGCCUCAGUGGUCAUGCGCCAAGACAGCGUCCGAUGAGGAUGCCACACCAUAUCAGUUUACAUAUGGUUGCCCAUGCUUUUGAGCCAACAUGCAUACAUGAACACAGGUGGGACUGUGUUCAGUUCUCCGAGAGCCUAAUACGUGAGGAUGCAGAGGCUGGGAUUUACAAAAGCAGAAGAGUUGCAGGGUUUGCUUUCUACCUUGUAAAACAUGACAGUAUUACUUCCGAACAUGUGAAGAGUGAGACAUAUGCUAAGUUCUACUGGUUAUGCUACCCCGGUUUAGAAGAAUUGGUUCUCAAUUUCAUUCGGUCUUUUCAAUUCAA